AAAUAAAUGCGUGUUGACUUAGUCUUACAUGAUUUGUUUUGUAAAAUUUCUUCAAGACGGUUACUGAUAAUAUAUUUAAUGUGAUAAUCAAUUGUUAAUUUUUUAUAAUGUUGACAUAAUUAAAUGUCGAUGUUUAAAAUUAUUUUUUUACUCACGAAAUCAUCAGCUGCAACUGGAAUCCGGGAAUGAAACAAUUCAAUUGGAUUACUUAAAUUUUAAAAUUAAACUGGUAGAUCGUGCCGUAGAGCCUAAAAUUAUUAUUAUAAGUUUAGUAAAAGACACUAAUCUAAAAGUAAAAGGACACUAAAGUAAAAGUGCACUCAAUCAGUAUUAGUAUUAGUGGUGCACAUUAUAAAUAGCAAGGUGUGUUAUUUAUAACAUAAUUGAAAUUGACUAACUAUACUCUCAAAUUUAAAUUAAUUUGAAAUAUUAGGCCCUAACUCCUAACUCUAAGUAGUUACUAACUCAACUAACUGAUCUGAUAGGAAUAACAAUAAUUAAUUUAUAAUAUUAGUUUAACAACACUUCAUUAAUAACACUUAAAAAGUAGAUGAAUCUCUAACAGUAGGGCUACUAUAAUAAUGACUAUAACUACACAAAGCUAUUAAUAAUAUAAUAUAAAUUAACUUCUGCCAGCCUCUGCAUCUGGACCUUAGCCUUGGUUAACUUUGUGACAAGGCACCCGACUGACUGAGUAUAUAAAUAUAAUUAUUAAGUUAUAGCCAGGAACAACUAGAACAAUCAAUGGAAUCUAUUGAAGAUAUAAUGAAACUGGACAAAGAGAAACUUGCUGCACCCAUUAAAACUAUAGAGGUAUUUUGAACCCAUUUAAUUUAAUUAUAUUAUUAUGAAAUAUUUUUAUGAAGAUAGUCAAUAUGAGUGAUAUUGUUAGACUUGACCAAAAAAUGACUUUUGGACAUUGUCAAAAUUUCAACAGUCAAUUCUGUGACUGGCCAUUCAUUGCAGUCACAAAGAAAGCAUUUCUGUCUUAUUUGUGAUGAUUACUUGUUCUAAAGUGCUCUGUGAUGCUUCAUCUAAUGGAUAGCCGAAAAGAGCUAUAGAAUAGUAUAGACUACACUAUAUGAUGUAUGAAUUAUAAUGAAGCUUAAUUUCUUACAUUUAUAUACCAACAAAUUUGUAUUCUCUGCAAAAUUGUUAUAAAACUUAUUAAUAAUACUUAAUGACUAAGACUAAUGCAUUGAAACUCAUGGAAUGAAUUAAUUGUAAGACAGCCAUCACAUUUUAUUAGACCUACUAGAAAAUGUGCUGAUUGCAUCAGACUGUAUGUCAUAAAUUAUUUAUUGACCUUUACUUUUAGUUAUUUUAUUACCGUAAUUUAACAAGUAUAUAUAGCACCUUUUUAUUUUUCUUAAGGAAAAAUGGAGACUUUUACCAGCAUUCCUGAAGACUAAAGGUCUUGUCAAGCAACAUAUUGACUCCUUCAAUUAUUUCAUCAAUGUUGAGGUAUUGGAUAGCAUAUUAUUAAAGAAAAUGCAUUAAUAACCUAUAAGUCUGCAAUAAGUCAAAUUCUUCAUAAAUAUUUAGAAAUUAUAAGCUAUGGAAAUGACUGUUAUAAACAAACUUUAAUUGUUCUGUUUCAGAUUAAAAAAAUUAUGAAGGCUAAUGACAAGGUUUUGAGUGAUGCUGAUCCCAAUUUUUAUCUUAAGUAAGAUUCUUUGACUUAUAAAACAAAUUUAAAGACAAUAGCACUUAACAGAAAUUUAGUAAUUCAAGGUGAUGAAAAAGAAAUAGAGCAAUAUUGUAUGUGAACUCCGAUUAUUUUGAAUCAAAGGUAUCAUAUCUCGCUCUUACAUGAAUUAGAAAAUAAAAAAAAACAUUCAGAUCCAGAGAUGUUGGGAAAAUAAAAAAUUGCUGUCAAUAAUAAAAAAAUUCCUUUGAACCAAAGAAAUUUAAUUAUAACUAAGAGAAUAAUAAUUUCUUAAAAUUUAGGUAAUGCUCUGAUGAAAUGUCAAUUUUAAAAAAUAUUUAUUAUUAUUAUUAAAAUUAAUUCCAGGAUCUUACCUGUGAAUGGGGGAAAUUCUGAUUUUAAAUGCCAUAAAUUUAAUCUCCUGUAACAAAUCUAUUACUUUUUAGGUAUCUCAACAUAUAUGUGGGCAUGCCAAAUGUUCAAGAGAGCCUUGGAAUAGCUCAAUCUAUUUCUCCACACGAGGUAAGUCGUUUUGGAAUAGCUCAAUCUGUUUCAAAACAUGGGUUAAGUUAUUUCAAAGAGAAAAAAUAUUAUACAUUGACAUACCUACAGGUAUUUUAUUUAAACUUUCCAUUUCAGAAAUUCUCCUAAACAGUAAAUACUUAAAGGUUAAAAUUAAAUUCACUCAAUUCCUGCAUAUUGAUGUUAACUCAAAGGUUAAAAUUAAAUUCACUCAAUUCCUGCAUAUUUGAUAACUCCUCUUGCUGUCCCAUGAUAAGCCAACUGGCCAUACCAAAUAUUUCUGAAAUGACUUUCACCCGUUUACUAAUUGUAUGGCAUUGUUUUGGCAAUUAAAUUGUAAAAUAAGACAUAUAUUUAUUGUUUAUUUUAUCCAUUUAUCACUGUCAUUAUUAUUGAUCUUUACCAGUGUAGGUUGAGAGAUAUAACUUACUCAGCACCCAUUACUGUUGACAUAGAAUUUGUCAGGGGCAAACAACCUUACAUAAAAAAGAAUGUAGAGAUAGGCAGGUUAGUAUAAUUCAGUCUGCCUCAUGUGGUAUCAGUGGUCAAUCUUACAUGGAAUUCUGGUUUUCAUUUAUGUGUUUGAUAACAAAGACAUACAAAAAUAGUUUUUAAUUUUAAAAAAAUCAUAAUUACAUUAAGUUGUUUAUUUUACAAAAUUGAUUUUGUUUUAAUUUCCAAAUUAUAAUUUAACAAAAAUAAUACAAUCUUCCCAAUCCAGGAUGCCAAUAAUGUUAAGAAGCUCUAACUGUAUCUUGACUGGAAAAACUGCAGCAGAAAUGGCUCAUCUCAAUGAAUGUCCCAUGGAUCCUGGAGGAUAUUUCAUUGUGCGUGGGGCAGAGAAAGUUAUCCUUAUACAAGAACAGCUGUCAAAGAACAGAAUGAUUGUUGAUAAAGACAGCAAGGGGAAUAUUGAAUGUUCUGUGACUAGGUAAUUAAUUCACUUAUAAUUUAUUUUACCAUCAAUAUUUUAUUUAAAUUUUUAAAGAUAAAAUGCUGGCAAUUUAAUGUUAUAACUAAAAUGAAAAGAAAAUCAAUUUGACAAAUAGUUAAAUUUAAUGUGUGCAAAGUAUGGUAUAUCUUCUUUGACUGUUAUGUUAAAAUGUUCUUUUCUUCAUUUUUUGAAUUUCAGUUCCACCCAUGAGCGUAAGAGUAAAACAUAUGUGUACCAAAAAAAAGGGAAUUUCUAUUUAAAACACAACAUUUUCUCAGAGGUAAAUAGAUAGUUUUUUUGGGGGGGGUUAAGUUUCACAAGAAAAUUAUCAACAAUGAAUUAACCUAUUAAUAUAAAAAAACAUAUUAAAAAUUAAGAUUUUUUUGCCUUGGUGUAUUAAAAAAGAAUUGUAAACUUUUUCAUGUGUAUGUGACACGGAUCAAAUACAAUUAGUUUUUGGCUUCUUUUUUCAACUUUAGACUUGCAUAACAACAUGUCUUAUCUUUACCAUGAUUUAUCGCAUUAACUCUUAUUCUAGGAUAUACCUGUAGCCAUAGCAUUUAAAGCUAUGGGGGUGGCUUGUGAUCAAGAUAUUAUACAACUUGUUGGCAAUGAAGAGGAAGCUUUUGAUGCCAUGUCACCAUGCCUUGAAGAGUGUCACAGAGCCCAGGUCUUUACACCUCUACAGGUAACAUGGUUUUCUCAUCACCUUUUUUAAAAAUAACUGGCAUUGAACACUUGUAUUGUGUUGAUGACAGAGGCAAACAAGACCCUGGGGUUCUUAAGGCGUAAUCUAAAGAUUGGCAACUCUUGUGUGAAACAAAAAGCCUAUAAAGCCUUUGUCCGUCCGGUUUUAGAUUAUGCAUCUUCAGUCUGGAGGCCAUUUACCAAGAAGAGCAUUGACAGGUUAGAGGCGGUCCAGCGACAGGCAGCAUACUUUGUCCUGAACCGCUACAGGAAUACCUCUAGUGUUGGCAGCAUGCUGGAAAAACUAGGCUGGUCACCAUUGGAGGAACGACAACGCCUAUCCAGGCUCUCCAUAAUGUACAAGAUAAAUAAUGGGCUGGUCCACUGCUCCAGCAUUAAGCAGAAACUUGUCCCUCUCCCCCAUAGACAGCGACGAGGCAAUGGCAGGCAAUUCAGGCUCAUACCAGCGAGAAGCCAGUAUAGGAACUGCUCAUUCCUGCCAAAGAAAAUCGGGGACUGGAACAAGCUUUCAAACGGAACGGUUGAGGCGACCACACUAGACACAUUUGUGUCUAUUGCCUCAGGCCCUCCAAUCCCCAGUGCAUGAUAUCCUCAUCAACACCAGGCACAGAAACAAUGCAAAUCCCCUCUACAUGCAUAGGAGCCAAAAUGAUCAAUAAAUUGAUCGUGGGCCCUUAAUAAACAGAAGAAGAAAAAUUCUAAGCCUGCUAUGUCUAUUUUUAACUAUUUUCUUGUUACAUAAAGUAUUGACAGGGAUUUAGCUCUUUAAUUUUUUAAAUCUUCAAAUAAUUAUAUGUUAAGUUUUUGUAUUUAAAUUAUUUUUUUUUAGAUGUUUCUUUUGUCAUAAAAAAAAAAAUUAAUUUGUUCUUUCCACAGGCUCUAGAAUUUAUUUUCUCAAAAAUUCGUCAAAGAAUGUACGGAACCAAAAAAAGCAAAGCUGAUGAAGCCAGAGAUGUUCUCAAAAAUGUUAUUUUAGCCCAUGUCCCUGUAAGUUGUUCUGUGGUUUUAUUUCAAGUUUUAGAUCUGGAGAAAUGAAACGGAAAUCAAUGAAUUAAUUUUUCUGAAAACACAAUCAAAUACAGGGAACUAAUAUGUCCCAUUAAUGUUCUCAUUACUCAUGAAAUCUUAACUUGCCCCAUGACCUCAAAAAAAAACAACAACUAAGCCUUAUCAGAUUUGUACAAUCUGUGUUCUUUAGGUUGUAGACUGGAACUUCAAGCCUAAAGCCAUCUACUUAGCUCUAAUGGUUCGAAGGAUUGUCCUCACACAAGCUGGCAAGAUCAAGUUGGAUGAUAGUGACUACUAUGGCAACAAAAGGCUGGAAUUAGCUGGCCAGCUGUUGUCUCUUCUUUUUGAGGAUCUCUUCAAAUUGUACAACCUAGAUGUAAGAUUUCGUUUAGAUUUCUGCAGAUAUUCUCUAUAUGUAUAUGUAUCAUUAAGAUACCGUACCAUAAUUUCAGUGAAUCUCAGAUACAUUGAUUCCAUAACUUUAGUGAACUUCAGGUUUGUGCCAUAACUUAUGUUGUAACAUAAGGGACAUUGUUUACAUAGCGUACAUUAACUUGUAAUGUUAUUUGUUUCUUUACAGCUAAUGAAGGUAGCAGAUAAGAACAUCCCUAAGGUGCGGGCUACAGAGUUUGAUAUCACAAAGUUCAUGCGUACAGAUCCCAUUACUUUUGGUCUUGUCAAUGCCAUAGCAACCGUAAGUUUGACAUAUCUCUUUCAUGGUUCGCAUGGUCUUUGUAGGUCUUUGAAGGUUUUGGGGGGGGGGGGGGGUUUUUCCGGGGCCCGGAAAGUUUGGGAAAAUUGUCAAAAAUAUCACUGUCUUUGAAAGUUUGGGGAAAAUGAUAAAAAGAUAAAAUGAUCAAAAAGCAGGGUGGGUGAAUUUUUUUUCUCAGCUUUUCCCAAUAAAAAGGAGUUUUCUGAGCUGUGGAUUAUUGUUCAAAAACUCCUUUUGUUAUCGCAUGGCCAGGCGACUGUGGAAAGAAGGUUCUCUCUAAAUAAAGAGGUCUCUGUUGAAAACUUAUAUACAGAGUGUCUCUGUGCUCAAUGUCUUCAAGUUAAGAGAGCUAGAGGAGCUCAUAAAAUUCAAAUUACCAAAGAGUUGUUAAGUUUUGCCUCAUCUGCUAGAACGAAGUACACUCUUUACUUGGAAAAGCAGAAAGAGGAAAGAAAUAUUCUACUUGAAUAAAAAAAAAAGAACGCUUGAGCUAGAUGAGGUGCAGGAGUUGAAGUCUAAGAAAAGAGCUUUGGAAGCUGAUGUAGCUUAGUUACCUUAGCCAAUAGCAAGGCUAAGAGGCUGAAGUUAAAAGAGACUUCUCUUUUAUAUGUGCAUCAAAUGCAUUGCGGGAAAAGGCUUCAGAGAAGAAGAAGGAAGUUCUAAAACUUCAAAAAAUUAUUGCCCUAAAAGAAGGAGACCUUCAGUAAAAAAAAAUAUGUUAACUAUAUAUAUGAUUUGUGUGAAUAUUAAUUGGUCUGUUUGCAACACAUUUUUUAAAAAUUUCGUGAUACAACUGGACAGUCAUGACAUUUAAAAUACCGGUAUUCUGUCUAGAACAUUGGCUCAUUGGUCUGUGGCUGAUAGUUUUAACAAUUGUUUCAAACAAAAAUUACAUUUGAACAUUGAGCUGAUUUGAGUGUGUGUAACAUUUUACAUACAUUUGUGCUAUAUUUCCUAAAACUAAUGGACAUCCCUCAUGGAUAAGCUGAUUAUGAUAGUGUAUAUACUUGGCGUUAUGAAGAAUUUUUUAAACUAUGCUAUCUUUAGGUGAGUUUUUGUGUUCUUUUCUCUUAAGUAUUUGAUGAUAAUAGGUCUUUGAAUUUUUACAAAAAGGUCUUUGAAGGUUUGGGAAAAGUUUGUGAAUUCUGGACCUUGAAUUCUGUAUGAACCCUGCGACUCUUUACUUUUGGCCUUGUCAAUGUCAUAGCCACCAUAAGUUAGAAGGUCCCUUUAUUUUUGGCCUUGUCAAUGCCAUAGCAAGUUUGACGCAUCCCUUUACUUUUGGCCUUGUCAAUGCCAUAGCCACUGUAAGUUUGACGCAUCCCUUUACUUUUGGCCUUGUCAAUGCUACUGUAAGGCUGACACUUCCAAAGUCAACUUUUCCAAUGUUAAAGCUGGCAGUACAAAUGUUUUUUUUAUCUUUGCUGACUUAUAAUGCAAAUUUAUUGAUCCCAACCUAACCCCUUAGGUCAUUUUAAAAAUUUGUUAAAAUUUGUAUACUUUCCAGGGCAACUGGACAAUCAAGCGUUUCAAAAUGGACAGAGGGGGUGUGACUCAAGUUUUGUCUCGGUUAAGUUAUAUUUCAGCUCUGGGCAUGAUGACCAGAAUAAACAGCCAGGUGAGCAGUGAAUUUUUCCUCCCAAGAAAUUGUCUAACCCUUUGAGUGCUUAACCUCUAUUGAAUCUGGCUCAAAUAACAACACAUUUUUGGUUUGCUUACAAAAAAAAAAUGGUUGUACCGUUCGAACAAAUUAAUAUUUUAAUACACUUCUAAAUCCUGUUUCUUAGUUUGAAAAAACCCGCAAAGUAAGUGGUCCAAGGUCACUUCAGCCUUCUCAGUGGGGGCUACUGUGCCCAUCUGACACGCCUGAAGGAGAGGUAAGUAAUAAUUAAGGUGCUGUCAUUUGUGUUUAAAUAGUUAUGUAAUUUUAUUGCAAGUUACACCCUGGUGAAUUUUAGCAAUAACAUUUCAUAAACUUUUGUCUAUUAAGUACAAGUGUUUUGGCACAAAAAUUAAUAGGGCCUUUUAUAUAAAAUGCCACAUAAUUUUUGUAAAUUUCAGGCCUGCGGUCUUGUGAAGAACCUGGCCCUCAUGACACACAUAACUGUUGAUGUUGAUGAAGGGCCUAUUGCUAGGAUAGCAGUCAGUCUUGGUGUUGAAGACAUCGAGACACUCAGUCGAGAUGAAGUCAGCAGUCCUAAUUUUUAUACAGUCUUUCUAAAUGGUAGGAGGCAACUUGGAUUUUUAAAAUUAUCUUUUAAUUUCAUUUGUGGCUUCAAUGAUGUUGAAGUGGAUUUGAGAAAUUGAUGGUGGAGAUAAUUUUUAGAAUUUGAUGUUCCUGAUAAUGUUGAGAAUUGGAUGUGUGAGAUAAUAUUAAGAAAUGGAUGUUGGAAAUAAUUUUGAGAAUUGGAUGAAGAUAAUGUUGAGAAUCGGAUGUUGGAGCUAAUGUUGAGAAUUGGAUGUUGGAGAUAACGUUGAGAAUUUAAUGUUGAAGAUAAUGUUGAGAAUUGAAUGUUAAAGAUAAUGUUGAGAAUUAGAUGUUGAAGAUAAUGUUGAGAAUUGGAUGUGUGAGAUAAUGUAAAGAAUUGGAUUUUGGAGAUAAUGUUGAAAAUAACGUUGAGGAUUGGAGAUUUAAGGUUAUGUUGACAAUACCAGGUAAUAAGUACUUAAUAUUAAUAUUGUGAAAAAAAUAAUUAGUAUUUUUAGUAAUGAAUUUAAUUUUUUUUUUAAAUAAAUAUUUUCUUUGAUUCAUUGAUAAGAAGUGUAUAUACACUAGUUAUUCCUCUACAUUACAGGUAAUAUUUUGGGUAUGACAAAUCAUUGCAAAAGAAUGGUAACAAUAUUUAGGAAGUUACGGCGCGCAGGAUACAUCAAUGCUUUUGUCUCCAUCUUUCCCAACCACUCACACAAAUGUAUUUAUAUUGCUUCUGAUGGUGGUAGAGUUUGCAGGUAAUUUUAUUUUCAAUAACUCUUAAACAUUUGAAUUGUAACUAAAGCCUUGAGAAUAAAUUCAGGACUACAUGAGGAUACUGACACCCUUUUAAUAGUAAAAAAGUAUGGCUACAAAAUAAUCAGGACAUUUGCAAAAUCAUUGAUUUUCUCAUUUUCAAUCAUUCCUCAAUUUUACCUCAACCAUUGAUUUUUGUUUUCCUGCUAUGCUAUGGUACGUUAAGUUUAAAAAAAAAAUAAUUUGUAGUUUGAGGAAACAUCUAAUUUCAUACAAUGUUUAUUUUUGUUGAUAAAUUUAAGACAACCUAAUAUUUACAGUGCAUGUGUGGUAGAUUAUUUUGUCACUGUGUUAUUAGAUUGUUGUAAUGCAAUUUUUACACAUACCGUAUUUAAUUACCACUACCGUUUUACAAUGACCUUCUAUGACCUUUGUCCCAGACCCUAUAUAAUUGUAAACAACAAAAGACCACUUGUUACAAAGAAACACAUCGAGGACCUGUCGAGAGAAUUCAGGUAAAUUAUUUUGUCACCUGAUUGUUCUAUCUUUUUUUGAGUUUAGUUAUUACUCAAUACCAAGAUAUGUUACGAAUGAUGACCCCCCACCCCGGUACCAUUUUUAACUGGUUUGAAUGUAAUGUAAAAUAUCCUUUGUGUGAUUAAAGUUACACAAACGAGACUAAAGUAAUGUGGUAACAAAAAUACUUGGUAUUUUCGUGAGUCUUUAUGGUUAUAAAAUGUUAAAGAAUUCAUAAAAUGCUGAUAUAACAUUACUUUUAAACAUAAUUUACAUUCUAUUGUCUUCUAAAGAUGUUUUGAAGAUUUUCUCCACGAAGGACUUGUGGAGUAUCUUGAUGUCAAUGAAGAGAACGACGCAAUGAUUGCCUUGUAUGAGUCCCAUAUUACAGAGUAAGAAAAUAGAUAAAUUUACAAUGUUUGAUAAGAAUGCUUACUUGUAAAAAGUAUGUCUGAAUGCAUGACUACAAAGUCACACAACUAAGGCUGUUGUUUCAUUGGGUUAUUUCCUUCAAAUACUCAAGUGCUUUGAUGAAAACCAUUAUUUUGUGUGCUAUUCAGGUUGUUACAUGCCAAAAUAACUAAUUAGAUGAAAGAAUCAGUUCCCAAUUUAAAUUUGAUGUGCUUUUUUCAUAAGGAUUAAGUUGAGGGCACUAAGCAUCUUGUUACUAGUAAAAUGUGAAUAAAUUUAUUUCAGUUUUCAUUUUAAAAAGUUUGUCUAUGUCUGCUUUAAAAACCUUUAUGAAACCGUCAUUUUUGCAGGGACACAACUCACUUAGAGAUUGAGCCUUUCACAAUCCUGGGAGUGUGUGCUGGACUGAUUCCAUACCCUCAUCACAACCAGUCUCCAAGAAACACCUAUCAGUGUGCUAUGGGCAAACAAGCGAUGGGUUAGUCUUUUUUUUACUAAUUAUUUAAAUUGCAAGCUGUUUAAUAGGAAGCACCAUCUGUAACAGUUUCUACAAGAUAAGCUCACAUACUGAAUUAUCUGUAACAGUUUCUACAAGAUAAGCUCACAUACUAAAUUAUCUGUAACAGUUUCUACAAGAUAAGCUCACAUACUAAAUUAUCUGUAACAGUUUCUACAAGAUAAAGAAGCUCACAUACUAAAUUUCAGAGACUUUCCAUAGUUUAGGCCUACCAACAUUUUUUUCAUAUUUCAACUGAACUUUUGUUGAUUAACUCCGCCCAGUACAACAGUUGGACUAUUUUGUGUUGUGAAAAUAAUAUAUAAAUGAAAAGUUUUCUCAACUCCUAGAAGUUGAUGCAAUGUUCAAUUUUUUCAAGGUUUUUAUUAAGUUCAACACAUGCGAAAGUAUAGCUUUAAAAAAAUAAGCUUAUGAUAAAUUAAAUGGAAACUAAAUCUAUUUUCAAUGUUUUGAAAUAAUUGCCCAAAAAAUUUAUGGCUAUUUGAAUUGUUGAAAAUGUAACAUUCACAACAGUAAAUUUUGUGGACAAUUUUUUUUAACAGUGUGUUAAGCCAACUUUAUCAUUAUCAAUAGCACCAACCAUGAUGAAAUUUUAGGCAUUGCAGUUACUGGUAUACUAUAUACAAGUAAUUCACUAGAUAGGAUUUAUAUAGAAAAUAAAUUAAUAACAAGAUUUGGUACGUUGACUCCAUGCGGUAUAUACCAAAUCCACAAUUUUACAUAGCUGCCAUUACUUUUUCCUGUUUAGUUUUUAAAUUUUACUUACACUCACUUUCUUUUCAUUCUGCAUUACUUUGUUUCUGUCUGGAUUUUUGCCAAUUCUUAUUAUUUUUCCAUUUUUUAGGUAGGCUCCAUGUAAAUUUAUAUUAUUUAAAUUUAAUUUAUACUUAUUUAAAUGUUUUGUUUUUUGUACUGAUGAAGGCAUUUGCCAAAACUUUAACAUUUGUAAUUUGUAAAAUCAACAUUAAAGCACAACAUUAAUUGUUUUAUUAACACAAAAUGUUUGUGUCUAAUUAAUUAACUUUAAAGCUUUAUCACAGUCCAACACUCUUAUUAACAUUAUCAUAAUGAAACAAUGUUGUAACGGCUCUGAAAUAUAUGGAAUUACAUUAGUGUGGAUUUCUGAAAUUAUAUAUGUUUAUAUUUUAUAUUUUGGUAAAUGUUUUCAUGUUUUAAGAAUUUCUUGUAUAACCAGGCACAAUAGGAUACAACCAGCGUAACAGGAUUGAUACACUUCUCUACCUGUUGGCAUACCCGCAAGCACCAUUAGUUAAAUCAAAGGUGAGAUACAAGUGUUUUGAACAGUACAUUUUAAUUUUAAAAUUCUGCAUCAACAUGUUAUCAUAUCUGGGUUUUUUGUUGCCAAAGAUAAUAUUUUUUUAGAUAAGGUAUCUGUCAGAAUGCUGGGUUCUCUGGUCAAGACCCCCUUCAAGUAUUUCAUUCUGGCAACAUUGUCAGCAGCACUCUGCACUGAGUGUCAUAUUAUCUAGGUUCACUAUAAACACAGCAGCACUCUGCACUUAUAGUCAAGUUAUCUAGCUUUACUAUAACACAGCAGCACUCUACACUAAGAGUCAUGUUGUCUAGGUUCACUAUAAAACAGCAACACUCUGCACUAAGAGUCACAAUAUCUAGCUUCCCUAUAAGACAGCAGCACUCUGCACUAAUAAUCAAGUACGCCAAAUGCUAGAGGCAGCAACACUACAUAAAAUAAUAUGGUUCACCUUUGUUCUUGGUAGUGGACAAGACAUCACUAUCAUAUAGUACACUUCUCCCGUCUCGGGGACUAACAUCAAUUUAGGCAAGACAUCACUAUCAUAUAGUACACUUCUCCCGUCUCGGUGACCAACAUCAUCUUAGGCCACAGACACUCAACUAGCCUCACUUCCUCUAGCCACACACACCUGUCUACUGUACAUCAACUACUGGACUAGCUGUGAACUCAAGGUGCACUAACUCUCAACUCUUUAUCAACUGCCAAAAAAAACUGCUGUGUACCACCAACUCAAUCACCUUAUUUUCACACACUUCUUUAUUAUGCUUUUCCUGUUAUCAAGUCACAGUUUAGACACAAUAAUACUCCCAGUGCUCCACAACCCUCUGUAACAACAGUUCACCUUAAUGACAAUGAUUCUCAUACCCUUGACAGUGAUUCUCAUACCUUUGACAGUAUCACAUUUUGAUGCAGGCGUAAGCUUGCAUCCACGAGAAUGGAACACCCUGUUUCCAGUGCACCAAUAAGACAAUAGGUUGCAAAAUUAUAAUAUAUCAGAUAUUUAACUGUAGCAUCUGCACGGACGACACAAACAACUAAAUAAAUAUAUGCUAUAUCUUAAGUUAAUUUUGAAUAAAGACCUUUUAAAUUUGCAUGGUGAUGACAUGCUUUCUCACUUAGAUUUAUCUAUAUAUCAGUUGAUUUUUAUAUACAAUAAAAUUAUCAAUUGUCAGCCAUUGAGUUUGAAUGGCAAAAAAUUCUCCUAACGAAUAAUAAGAUUCAUUCUGAAUUGAUUCUAGAAUCAUGUAUUUUUCUUGCAUUAUUUUUUUAUCUACCUAAAUCCUGAGACCUGCCCUCUAUUUUAAACUUAAUUUUGAGGUCAACUGGACUUGACAAACGAAUUUAUCAAUGAUUAAAUCAUUCUUCAUUCAGACCAUAGAAUUGAUUCACUUUGACAAGCUGCCAGCAGGACAGAAUGCUACAGUUGCUGUGAUGAGCUACAGUGGUUAUGAUAUUGAAGAUGCCCUUGUUUUGAAUAAAGCUUCAUUGGACAGAGGCAGGGAGAAUUCUUCCUCAAUAAAUAAUUUUUAAUUAUUCAAUAACUUUAUUACGUUAGAGCCGCUUCAGCUAUUUUAUUCUCCUAGUCCUGUAAGAAUUAUUUGUCAAAGUAACACAACAAGAAAAACAGAGAAAUUUACCAUCUAUUAAUAAUAAUAAUCAAAAUGUUUGAUCCAUGUGGCAUAAUUCAGUGUUGUAGGGAAUCUUGCAACUCAUUCAUUUGCCUUUUCCCCGCAGGUUUCGGAAGAUGUCUGGUCUACAGGAAACAAACCUGUGCCGUCAAACGAUAUGCCAAUCAAACCUUUGAUAGAAUAAUGGGGCCUAAAGUUGAUAGGGAAACAUUCAAACCAAUUUGGAAACAUCAGCCUUUGGACCACGACGGCAUAGCAGCACCAGGUGAAAUUCUUUGUUUUAUAAACAUAUCUUUUGGGCUUUGAAAAUGUAUAACAGUCAAUAACCUCAUGCUAAAUAUAACACAAAAUCUAUUGGGUUGUCCUGAAUUCCUUCUUGUAUUUAUCAGUUCCUUAAGGUUUGGAGAGUAAUUCAGGUGUAAAAAAUUGUGUUUUUUUAAAAAUUAUUCCUUUGUAAAAUUAUAAUUGAUUCAUUAAGAGGAAGAAAGCAUUUUUUGUGAAAGAAACAUCUUAGCCAAAAAUUAUAACAGACUUGACCUCUGUAUCAUCUUUUUGACAGGAAUGCGCAUAGAGAAUCGUCAGGUGAUGGUAAACAAAGAAAUGCCAACAAUCACAUCUCCGUCCUUACAGCCUCAGAUGGGACAGAUAAAGCAAACUGAAUACAAGGAAACACCUGUCACGUAAGUGCAAUAGAACAGAAACACCUGUCACGUAAGUGCAAUAGAGCAGAAACACCUGUCACGUAAGUGCAAUAGAACAGAAACACCUGUCACGUAAGUGCAAUAGAACAGAAACACCUGUCGUGUAAGUGCAUUAUAACAGAAACACCUGUCACGUAAGUGCAAUAGAAAAGAAAACACCUGUCACAUAAGUACAAUAGAACAGAAACACCCUUCACAUAAGUGCAAUAGAACAGAAACACCUUCACAUAAGUGCAAUAGAACAGAAACACCUUCACAAAAGUACAAUAGAACAGAAAACCUUCACAUAAGUGCAAUAGAUCAGAAACACCUGUCACAUAAGUGCAUUAAAACAGAAACGCCUGUCACCUAAGUGCAAUAGAAUAAAAAUAUUUGAUAUAGCCAUGAAAUAAUACAUGGGAGCGCUGAUGUCUGCUUUCUUCAGAUACAAAGGCUCUGAACCUUCCUAUGUUGAACGGGUCCUCAUCACUUCAAAUCAAGAAGAAUCAUUCCUCGUCAAAAUGUUGAUGCGACAGACACGUAGACCAGAAGUUGGUGACAAAUUCAGCAGUCGACAUGGACAGAAAGGGUAAGCUAACGAUAUGUCGUUGUAAGAAAAGGAUUUUGUGUUUAAAACUACCUUCAUUCCAACAUUUAUAUGGUUCAUUAAGCUUAACUUCUUAUUUGUUCUAAAAUAUUUCAGUGUCUGUGGUUUGAUUGUUCCACAAGAGGAUAUGCCAUUUACAGAUCUUGUAAGUAAUUUAGUACACAAAUAA